GAACAAAACUCAUAUUCAACUAUAUUUACCCUGCAUGACCAGUGCAUAAUAUCUCAGCAUUCUCGAACUAUAUAGGUAUUUAUAUAUUACUGCAAAUCAUCAGUGCAUGUGCCAGUAUGAAUGGAUACCAAAAACAGGUCUACUAUAAUACCUAUAUAUACUCGUUUUGUUAUCUUAAAACCGGAGAUUUCGUAGAUCCAUGGAUUUCUGCAAGGGUAAACCUCGUAUAGGGGAGAAACCUGAACAGCUGAUGGAAAUUGAGGCUGACUGGGCGAAGUGGUAUGAUGGUGAUAACAAUUGUGAAUUCGAGAUACAUGCUAGUCCAUGGUUGGAGCGAUGUAUAAAUAGAGUUACUGAUGGAAAGACUGGUAAGAAAUGGUUUGUCCCACUCUGUGAGAAAUCACCGACAAUGAAAUGGCUCUAUGAUCACGGCGACGAUGUGAUAGGCGUUGAAUUAGUUGGGAAAGCGAUUGAGAAGUUCUUUGAUACGUACGAUAUGAAGUACACCAAAUCCGCCAUACAUCAGCUUCCUUAUGCGUGCUUGUAUCAGAAUGAUGAUAAACGGGUCAACAUAUUCAAGUGCAACAUAUUUGACGUUACAAAAGAGCUAAUCGGAGGACCGGUGGACGCAGUCUGGGACAGAGGAUCGCUACAAGACAUUGAUCACAAAGAUAGACCAAGGUAUGGAGAAAUAAUCAUGUCAGUCCUAAAACCUGAGGGGAAAAUACUCGCUGAAACUUUCGAGGUCAUCGAUGGCGGAAUAGAUCAAACGACGUCGCCUAAUGAAGCAAGAGGUGAAGACGAUCGAGGUCGUGAUACAAUGCCAAGUUCAGAACACACUCCUCAUUCCGUCAACGCAGCGGACUUCAAAAGGAUUUAUGGAGAACGAUGUGAUAUAGAGGUGUUGGCAGAGGAGUAUUGGGAUUCUGAUCAUAAAGCGGUUGAUAAGGAGGAACCUUUCUCAUACAUCAAUACAAUACGACUCAUCUCCUUCACACCUGUUUAACUCAUUUUAUUUGUUUCCUUUUCUUUAUUAUUAUUAUCUAAUUUCACAAUAUACCGUUUACGGUUAAAGGCGGGACAAGUCCACCCCAACAAAAAAGUUUAUUUGAAUAAAAAUAGAAAAAAUCCAACAAGCAUGACACUGAAAAUAUUCAUCAAAAUCGGAUGUAAAAUAAGAAAGUUAUGACAUUUUAAAGUUUUGCUUAAAUUCACAAAUUAGUUAUAUAGGCACAUACUGGCUGGUAUGCAAAUGAGGAGACUGAUGGCGUCAUCCGCUCACUAUUUCUUUUGUAUUUUAUUAUAUGAAAUAGGGAAUAUUCUAUUUCUCUCCUCAUUGUCGAGUGAAACAACGAUUAAUUCCUCCCUGAACAUGUGGAAUGAGCAUUGAUUAAUACUAUAUGAUUUAGUCAAGUUGGUCAUUAAUUAUUGUCAGAUAUAUAAAAACAAAAUGAAAUAUUGUAUAAUUCAAACAAUAAAACACAAAAGAGAUAGUGAGUGAGGGACAUCAUCGACUGUCUCAUUUGAGUUGUACAUAAUCAACUGCUUUGUGAAAAAUAAGCAAAAGUUUAAAAUGUCAUAACUUUCUUAUUUUACAUCCAAUGUUGAUGAAAUUUUCAGCGUUUUGCAAGAUUGAUUUUUCUCUAUUUAUUCAAAUCAACAUUUUUCUGGGGUGGACUUGACCUUUGAGUGUCGUACAUCUUGAUAACCUUGGUGCGUAAACAAGUGAACUUAAUAUUGUAACAUGAUCUUACAAGGUAAUGGAGAAAGCUACUGCUCAGUAAAAGCCCGGAGAGCAGCCUCCAGAUAGUGGGCUGUGGCCCAGAAUAAUCAGAAACUGAGUACUAUAAACUGAUAAAAAUAAUAACUAGAACAUAAUGCCAUUUAAAUUUGUUGUGUGAUGAUGAGAAACAGGGACCGGGGGGGCUGCCCCCCCCCCCACUUUUUUCCAAAACCGUGUACAAAAACGUAAAAAUGACCAUAUGAUUGUGAUUUUUUGCAUGGUCAGUCCCGCCACUUUUGGCUCAGCCCCCCCCCCCCCCCCACUUUGAAAAUCGUUCUGCGGCCACUGAGACAAAACCUAAGCAUCAAUCAGCAACGGAAUUAAGACAAUGUGCUUUUUUAAGUUUUUGGAGUCCACGUUAUAUAUUAAUCCCCGAGAAAACUAGAAAGACGUCUGAAUGAGUGAUUAAAAUUUAGAACAGUGGUGUUCGGAUGGGGCCCCCAAAAAAGAAUCUUUCACGACCACUAAAAAAAAAGGAGAAAGGGAAAGAAGAGGAAAGGGAGACGGGUGAAAUAUAAUAUCAUUUCCUUAAUAUCAUCUCAAAAUGUAUUACAAAAUUUGAUUGUGUAAUAAAAAUGUUGAAAAUAUUGCUCGCUCGCUUCGCUCCCCAAAAGUUUUUUUUUUAUGCGAUACGCCAUAUUUAGUCCGCUCAAUUUUUUUUUGCCCACUACUCCACUGAGUUAGAGAGCAAUAGAGAAUUUUCUUGAGGGAAUGUCACUAUUCCCUAUUGUUUAUGCUGUUUGGAUCACCUUGUAAAUUUUAGCCAACAAUGUUCAAGCCCGCGUCACUCUAUCAAGUAUUGUUUAAACUUUUUAAAGAACCACUUGUUAAUUUAGAAUUAAAAAAUGGUUGUAAGAGUAAUUACGGCUUAAACAGCGUUGCUUAAAAUUUAAAACGGCGGUUUAACAUGAUAUCAUUAGGUUAUUUUUAAGAAAUAGACUAAUUAUCUGAUUGCAUUUUAAAUGCAGUAGAUUUUUAUGGGGUGGAACGGUUAUUCUGUUGUCUCAUGUUAUACCAUCUUUAUAAUACGUUCCUAGAUUGCCUUUCAUAUGGGAGGUUCCUUUCUGCCCUGCAACAACACGCUUUAUCAUUUUUUGUAUUGUUGUUUAUGUUGCAAUAAUAUAUAAUGUUUUCAGGUGAUAUUAUUGGGUUUUUUUUGCUAUUGCUUGCAUGCCAUGUAUAUUUUAAGCCUAUUAAAAUAAAUAAAUUCUACACAUUCAAA